AGUCUGAUUAACUUGAGGUUGUAAAUUAGUACAACCCAUGUGUAAAUAAUGGGACAUUUUAAGCAAACCAUCAACCUAUUUAUAUUUGCGAUCAAUUAUUAUUCCAUCUGAAUGUAAGGUACAUAUACCAAUUCCGAAGUUCAAUAAUGGCAACUUCUUUAAGUUCAGUUCAGAAAGGUUCAGAUUUUGUGAAGGACUAUUGUUGUGAUGCUUGUGAAAGUAAACAGAUCGUAGAAACUGCAGAGACAUAUUGUGAAACAUGUCUGAAGUGUUUUUGUGGAAAUUGCAUUAAACAUCAUGAUCAAUUAUAUGCUAACCAUAGCAUAUAUGAGAGAGGAGACAUGAGCAAAUGGCCUCUAACUAAGAAAAUGGACAGCUUUAUUCAGACAUGUGCAGCCCACACAGACAAGAAACUAGAAAUGUUCUGUGAGGACCAUAGUCAGCUGUGCUGCAGCAAUUGUGCUUUCAUAAAACACAGACAAUGCAAAGAGGUUACUCUUAUUUCUGAGAGAGUGAAAAGCCACUCAACUGAUCUGCACAAUCUGACAGACAAAAUUGAAACCAUUCUUGACGAACUGAAACAGUUACAUAGUACACAAGAGGCCACCAUCCAGUCAGUGGAGAGCUCAUACAAGCAAAGACUACAAGAAGUCAGUGAUGUGCGUCAUAAAUUAAAUGCUGCUUUGGACCAGCUUGAAAAGGCUACACUGAAAGAAUUGGAAGAUAUGAGGACUGCACUGCAAGCCUCCCUCAAGAUUGACGUAGAUAACUGCAACAGACUGGAGGAUGAACUGGAACAACUCAGUGAUACUGUGCGAGACCUUGCUGACAGGAGCAAGGCAGAACUCUCAUUUAUAGUUGAAAGGAAAUGUAUGGACACUAUUCUGGAGUCAAAAGUUUACCUGAAGGAGAAAGCUGUUAAAGUUUACAGUUCGAUAUCAUUUCUAGCCAAUACAGAAAUUGAACAGUUGUUGACCAAACAAUUAAGUCUAGGGAAAUGUUCACAGGUAACCCAGUCAUUGGCUGUGCCACAGAACCCAAAUCAUGUAUUAGCAGUAAAACAGAAGAGUGAGCAUGAUGUAAGUUUACCAAGUGAUUCAUCAGCAUCAAGCUAUAUCACAGGCAUUUGUGUUAUCUCUAAUGAUAAUAUCCUGGUGGCUGAUGUCAAACUUAAAAGAGUGAAGCUUCUGGACCAGAGGUAUAAUGUGAUCAGCCACUGUGAUGUGCCUGUUCAUGGAGGGGACAUGUGUCAGAUAAGUACAAGUGAGGUGGCUGUUACUGUGGAUGAUGGGGUGCAAUUCAUCUCAGUGAAUAAUGUUGAGCUUGUGAAGGGCAGGAAACUUCAGUUUCAACAUCGGUGUUCUGGCAUUGCCCAUCAUGAAGGCAACCUGUAUGUCACCUCCUAUACUGCUCUGUUCCAGUACACUCUGACUGGAACACUUGUAAAACAGAUCUAUGACGAUACAACUGGUGGCGUCACAGUGUGGAAGUGUGCUGUGAGUCCAACAGGUGAUAGGAUCUAUGUAACCAACUACUCAAAGCACAAGCUCCAAACACUGUCACCAGAUGGGACCCUGAUAUCCACCUUCAUUGACAAUGAACUACUAUAUCCAUUUGGAGUGCAUGUAACACCAGCAGGUCAGGUCCUUGUCUGUGGGUUCAACUCCCACACUGUCAUACUGGUGGAUGGAGAGGGCAAGAGAAAGCUGGCUACUCUCGCUACACAGAAGGAUGGAUUGCAGCACCCAGUGUCAGUCUGCUACUACAGCAACACUAACGUAGUCAUUGUGGGAGAACGGAAUAACAACAAAAUCCUUGCACUCAAACUGUUAUAGUUUUUGCAAAUUUUGUAUAAC